AUGGCUACUUUUGCAAUGGCUAUUGUGCGAAAAUUGUUCGUAAAGAAACAAACUGUAGAAUGUGUAUCCUCUGCUCUUGACUCACCACGAAUUAAAUUGGGCACUUUGGUGGAUGAGAGACGAAUGGCUGAGAAUUACGAUCGGAACAAAUGCAACGGGUCAACAGUUCUCCAUGCAGUGACAACACAAAAUGAAGGAGAAACUCAGAAGUUGUGCACGACAGAACAAAAGCAGACGCUGCGCGUGCCUGUCCUUUGCCUGCCUGCUUGCUCUCGCAUACGUGACACGUUGUUAGGAGAUGACUCCGCUUUUAUCGUGUUGGAAUACAUUGUAAAUGGAUACCUACGAUAUCGGAUCAAAACGGAUCAAAACGACGUGAAGCUCGAUGCAGCUCGCAUAAGCGGCUGCGCUCGAAGCGAUAGCGUGAAGCGUGGCGGCUCUGAAGAAGGCGACGAUGCCGAAACGUUAGCCAGGCAAAAGAUCAAUAACAAUCUUGGUUCUGCUUAA